AUGGAAGUAACACCUUCUAGUGAGACCACUACGCAACCCCGUCACGGAAAACCAUUGGGUGCAAAAGCAAGGAAUACAAGUGAACUUGGAGUUGGUGGAGUAAGUGAAGAUGUACUUGCUAUUAGUGGAGGAAAUCAAGGUGGAGUUUCUGGAGGAAAUGAAGUUAUUGUUGUUACUGAAGGAAAUGAAGGUGGAGUUUUUCCUGGAGGAAAUAAAGGUGGAUCUCUUGUAGGAAAUGAAAGUGGAAGAAAUGAAGUUGGAGGAAAUGAAGGUGAAGUUGAUGUAGGAAAUGAAGCUGGAAGAAAUGAAGGUGGAGGAAAUCACGGUGGAGUUGCUGGAGGUAGUGAAGGUGGAGUUGUUACUGAAGUUGGCACUUCUAGUGGUGCUGCUCUUGAAAAAGGUAAAGCAGUGGUUUAG